UAAAGAAAAGCACAAAAAAGGAGCAGAUCCUUGAUAUUUAUUCUCCCUUCAAAUAUGCAAUUCUAUCCUAACUCCCAUUUAGAAGAGUAGAACUUUUAUGUGGCUAUAACUCCACCUCUAAAACCUUCACAAAACCCUAAUUAUCCCAAUUCUUCAUUCCGAAAAAAACCCAAUUUUACAUCAAUUCUUUAUUCUUGAUGGCAACAGAAGCUACCACAACAAAUUUCCAAAAUUCAGACUUCAGGCCGGUGCCCCAGCCACCGGAUUUUCACCCAGAAGUGCUGGUGAGUCCCCACGACGGGCUCCACUUUUGGCAGUUCAUGAUUGCUGGCUCCGUCGCGGGAUGCGUGGAACAUAUGGCUAUGUUCCCUGUUGACACCAUCAAGACCCAUAUGCAAGCGCUGGGCUCUUGCCCCAUCAAAUCGGUGGGUGUACGCCACGCGCUACAUUCCAUUCUCAAAUCUGAAGGACUCCCGGGCUUGUACCGGGGAAUCGGGGCCAUGGGACUUGGGGCUGGCCCCGCCCAUGCCGUUUACUUCUCUGUAUACGAGGCUUGCAAGAAAUAUUUUUCCGGUAAGAACCCGAAUAACCCGGCGGCUCAUGCUAUUUCCGGUGUUUUUGCGACGGUAGCAAGCGACGCCGUUUUUACGCCUAUGGAUAUGGUGAAACAGAGGUUACAGUUGGGCAAUAGUGCUGCUUAUAAAGGUGUGUUUGAUUGUGUUAAAAAAGUUAUGAAAGAGGAAGGUUUUCGGGCGUUUUAUGCUUCUUACAGGACGACAGUGCUCAUGAAUGCGCCGUAUACGGCAGUUCAUUUCUCAACUUAUGAGGCGGUGAAAAGUGGCUUGAUUGAGAUUUCACCAGAGAGUGUAAGUGAUGAACGGGUGAUUGUCCACGCUACGGCUGGUGCUCUUGCUGGGGCUUCUGCUGCGGUUAUCACUACCCCGCUUGAUGUAGUUAAAACUCAAUUGCAGUGUCAGGGUGUAUGCGGAUGUGCUAGAUUUAAGAGUAGUUCUAUUGGGGAUGUGGUUGAAACAAUUGUGCGGAAGGACGGCUACAUGGGCCUCAUGAGGGGAUGGAUUCCCCGAAUGCUUUUCCAUGCUCCUGCUGCUGCAAUCUGCUGGUCUACAUAUGAAGCAGUAAAAACUUUAUUCCAUGAACCCAAUGCUAACACCAAAAAUGGCACAUAAGGAAUUGUGAAUCUGCAGCUGCAUUAGCAACAACAAAAGCAAUGGGGAAGUUUUGCUCCCUGAGGAGGAUGGUAAAUCAGUUCUGGCAUGUCACAGGUCAAUUUAACUGGCAUACAAAGGGUGUAUACAAGGUAUUUGUCAUAAUCAAUUGAAUAAUAAAUAUCAAUGGUCAUAUUCUAGCCAGGAUCCUGUAAAAUGGUCAUAUAAUUUUCUAUUUUUGUCUGCAUGAAAAACGAGAGGUAGGAUGUUUUGAGUUUUAAGGCGGAAAAUUCAAGUAUUGAAAUUGAAAUGUUCUUUCCAAGCGCAGCAUUAUGUGCUAGUGUUUGUUGACUAAUUAACUGAGGUUUUGAAUUGUAGAAAUGUAGACCACUAGCCCUUUGGCAGGAUGGAUAUUCGGCAUGUAGUACACAUAUGCUCUC